CAUAAUAUUUUUAACCCGACCUCUUCUUUAUCGAUUUCUUAUACGCUGGGGUUGUCGUGAAUUUUUCCCUGUUAUUUCUCUUGGGUUUGUUUUGGUAGUGGACACGGCUCUAGGCUAAAACUUGGGAAAAAGUUCAGGACUGCCUUAGUUUUUGUUAAACUGCAAUUUGAGGAAAAAUUAGGAUUCCGAAAGGAUUACUGAUGUAGUGAUACAUUUCAGGUGCUUCGUGAAUGUGAUCGUGUUUUUAUAAUAAUAUUUGCACCGCUCUGUGGAUCAAGGAAGUGCCUCCAUGGUCAACGCUUUUGGAAGUACACAUUCAAUGCUCAAAGAUCAAGGUAUCCAUGAGAUGAUUGUGACUGUACGUGGAUAAUAUUAUAUUUAAUGAAAGAUAUUACAGAAUAGGGAGAAGAAGCAGCGACGAUGUUGAAGCAACACAGGGUUGUCCUCAGCAACAACCACGAUUUUCUGGUGAGUGAGAUACCCAUGGACCCCACACUGGAGGCAAUACGGACCAAGAACAUCCUCACUUGGCACGACAUGGACCAGCUGAAGACUCUCAGACACCAGGGCAGGCGGGCUCUAGCUAGGUAUUUCCUUGGCGUGCUGCCGUAUCGCGGCUCAAAGGCCUUUGACUCUUUGCUGGAGUCGCUCCAAGAGGCGAACGCCCAACACAUUGUGGACUUAUUGCUGGAGCAAAACGUCAAGUAUGGGAUGACGCACAGUUCGUCUCCUGUCGAAAAUGGCAGUGGCAAUACAAAGUCCAAACCGGGCAGUGACACGCCCACUGACACACCCAUGCCGCCUCAAGGCCCGGACCCCCACGAGUACGCUGUGCGUCUCUCUAGGAACUCCAAACUCAUCCGAGAGUUCAUUGACCCUGCCCAUGUGACUCCGACCUUGACCCAGAACAAAGUCAUGACGGAGCGGGAGGCAGACAUGGUUCACCACUUGCAUGGCAAGAACAAGAAAUGGGAUCUGAUUCUAGCCGUGCUGCUACAGAGGGGCGAGAGGGCGUACCAGGCAUUUAUGGCGGCGCUGUUACAGAAAGAAUACAACACCAUGUUCCACACAAUACAGGAGACAAGUGUAGCUCUCUCCGAGUCUGAGAACGAAGCAGACGACAACGACAACGAAGACAAUUUUGGUGAUGAUGGUCAAAAAACAACAGCAGCAGUCGGAAAGUCCUCUGACGAUCACUUCAACAAUAAGAGCGACGACGGUGAAGACGAGGAGGACGUCGUAGAAUCUGACGACGAUAUCAAAGAAGAGACCAGAAUAUCCAGGAAUAAAUCGUUGAGUGUGGAAGAUCGUCUCCUGAGAGAUUCAAGCCUUAAUGAAACUCGAGCAGACGAUGCCUUGCUGCAACCAUCUUCUGACUUGAAAGCCGUCGGAAGGGGAGGUGGUGAAACGCCUCAAUCUCCCGAACGGAACCGAGGAAGUGCUAAAUCUAAUAAUAGGACGGCGAGCUCUCCAGAUUAUCCCGACAAAGGAGGUUACUAUGGCGCGGAAGAUGAAGAUGAUUAUUCUAAGGUUGCCAAGAACAAUAGAAGGGGUUCAAGAAGAAGAAGCAACGCCAGUCUCGCUUUGAACUCGGUUUUGGAGGAAUCUGAAGACAACUUGACUCCUCGGCGGUAGUCCGUCCUCGUAAAAGACAAACACGCGCGUGGACACACACACACACACACACACACACACACACACA